AUGACUCGAUGGAUGCAUUGGGCUAUUCUGCCUCUUCUGACACAGGCUCUAGCCGCAUCCCCAGAACAGUCAGCUCCUGAGUCGAAGCAACUGAAUGCGCGUGCCGCCGAUGGCUAUGCUUCUCCACCUUUCUAUCCGACUCCCCAUGGUGGGUGGGCAUCAGAAUGGGCCGAGGCCUAUGAAAAGGCAUACCAGGUGGUCAGCAACAUGACUCUAGCAGAGAAAGUCAACCUGACCACCGGAACCGGGUUCUUCAUGGGACCAUGUGUGGGACAGACCGGCAGCGCGCCACGAUUUGGCAUCCCAAACCUCUGUCUGCAGGACUCGCCUCUGGGAAUCCGGAAUUCUGAUCACAAUACUGCUUUCCCGCCAGGUAUUUCAACAGGUGCAACAUUCAAUAAGGAAUUGAUGUACGCCCGUGGUGUUGCGAUUGGGCAAGAGGCUCGCGGGAAGGGUGUCAAUGUUCAGUUAGGGCCCAGCGUUGGACCCCUGGGGCGCAAGCCGCGUGGAGGUCGGAACUGGGAGGGAUUCGGUGCUGAUCCUACCCUGCAGGCUAUUGGAGGUGCGCAAACUAUCAAGGGCAUGCAGAGCACCGGCGUAAUUGCCACACUCAAGCAUCUGAUUGGGUAUGAGCAGGAGAUGUACCGGAUGAGUAGUGUGAUUACACAGGGGUACUCGUCUAACAUCGAUGAUCGGACACUGCAUGAACUGUAUCUGUGGCCGUUCGCUGAAGGAGUGAGAGCGGGCGUCGGGUCAAUCAUGACCGCCUAUAAUAGCGUCAAUAGCUCGGCUUGUAGUCAAAAUAGUAAAUUGUUGAACGAUAUCCUCAAGAACGAGCUGGGAUUUCAAGGCUUCGUGAUGACUGAUUGGUUGGGUCAUUAUGGUGGUGUAUCCUCUGCUCUUGCCGGCCUCGAUAUGGCUAUGCCUGGUGAUGGUGCAGUGCCGCUGUUUGGUGAUAGCUAUUGGGCCUCGGAGCUCUCCACCUCUAUUCUCAACGGAAGUGUACCGGUAAACAGGCUGAAUGACAUGGUGUCCCGGAUUGUGGCGACAUGGUACAAGCUUGGUCAGAAUAAAGAUUAUCCACUUCCCAAUUUCUCGACAAACACUCAAUCUGCGGAAGGGGAAAUCUACCCCGGUGCUCUCCUUUCCCCCAUUGGCGUCGUCAACCAAUUCGUCAACGUGCAAGGCGAUCACAACAUCACAGCACGAGCAGUGGCCCGCGAGGCAAUCACGCUGCUCAAGAACGAUGGUCAUGUUCUCCCGCUCCACCCAAGUGACUCACUGAAGGUAUUUGGGACCGAUGCAGGCGCGAACUCCGGCGGUCUGAAUUCAUGCACCGAUCAAGGUUGCGAUAACGGCGUGUUGGCCAUGGGAUGGGGCAGUGGAACUGCUCGAUUCCCCUAUCUCAUCACUCCGCAAGAGGCGAUCGCAAACAUCACCGAGAAUGUCAAGUUCUAUAUCACCGACUCAUUUCCAUCAGAUGUGGCCGCAAAUGCCAGUGAUAUUGCAGUAGUCUUCAUCAACGCGGACUCCGGCGAGAACUACAUCACGGUUGAAAAUAACCCUGGAGACCGUACUGCAGCUGGUCUCUACGCUUGGCAUAAGGGAGAUGAUCUGGUCAAGGCCGCUGCGGAGAAAUUUUCAACGGUCGUUGUGGUUGUUCAUACCGUUGGACCCAUCCUGAUGGAGAAUUGGAUUGAACUGGACUCGGUCAAGGCAGUGCUUGUUGCCCAUCUCCCUGGUCAAGAAGCCGGCGAUUCUUUGACGGAUGUUCUGUUUGGCGACUAUAGCCCUAGCGGCCACAUGCCGUACACGAUCCCCCGCAACGAGUCCGAUUACCCAGCAAGUGUCGGAAUAAUUGAUAACCAUCCUUUUGGUCAGAUCCAAGAUACCUUCACAGAAGGACUCUACGUCGAUUAUCGGCACUUUCUGAACGCCAACAUUACGCCUCGCUAUCCUUUUGGCCACGGGCUCUCGUAUACUACCUUCAACCUCUCCAAGCCUUCGCUCUCAAUUGUGACGCCCCUCGACAGUGCUUACCCACCGGCGGCAUCGCCUGUGGGCUCAACACCGAAGUACAACGACUCUAUUCCAAACCCUUCCGAGGUGGCCUGGUCCUCGACUACAUUCACUCGCAUCUGGCGCUACCUCUACCCGUACCUGGACAAUCCCCAGUCCAUCACUGCUUCGGACAAGUAUCCCUACCCGGACGGCUAUAGCACAACGCCACUUCCUCAGGCGCGCGCUGGUGGAGGCCCGGGCGGCAAUCCCGCUCUAUUUGCCACGGCAUUUUCACUUCAAGUGCAAGUCACAAACACGGGUAAACGUCCUGGCAAGGCUGUUGCGCAGCUGUAUGUUGAGUUGCCCUCUAGCUUAGGACUUGACACCCCGUCGCUCCAGCUGCGUCAGUUCGACAAGACCAAGGAGCUUGCACCAGGUCAGAGCCAAACCCUGACUCUUGAAGUCACGCGCAAAGACGUCAGUGUCUGGGACGUGGUUCUACAGGACUGGAAGGCUCCUCUUAACGGCGACGGUAUCAAGUUCUGGGUUGGACAGAGUGUUGCUGACCUGCCUGUUGAAUGUACACUUGACGAUGGGUGUUCUAUUUCGUAA